AUGACGAAGACUGAUAUUGGCGACCAUCGACGAAAUCUGAAUUUAAAUAAGCUAUCUCAAAUUAAGGAUGCCAGGAUUCCUACUACAGAAGGAUCUACGAAGAAUAAAUCUGCCAAUGCCGAGAAGGAUUCGAAUCUAAAUAAGGAAGUUCCCACUUCUUCUGAAAAUGAAAAGCCUCAUCAAGACAGUGAGGAACAAGCGGAUGAAGAUUUAUUCUUCAAAAGAAAACAAGAGGAAGAAGGUUACACCGGCAAGACAAACAUCUCACACAUUUUAUUCGGAAUCGGUGGGUCAGUAAGUACAUGGAAGAAACGUCGUCAUUACACCGAGUUAUGGUGGAAACCAAACAUAACUCGUGGAUUUGUAUGGUUAGAUGAGAAACCCAAUACGUGGUUCGUAACAUCUCCACCAUACAAAGUAUCCGAAAAUGCGGAUACAAAAUCAGCUGUUCGAAUCGCUAGAAUCGUUUUAGAAAGUUUUAAACUCGGGCUCAAGAGUGUAAGAUGGUUCGUAUUAGGAGAAGAUGAUACAGUAUUCUUCCCUGAUAAUCUAGUAAGUGUUCUAUCAAAGUAUGAUCAUAAUAAAAUGUACUAUAUUGGUGAUAAUUCAGAAAGUGUCGAACAAGAUGUUUCCCACUCGUAUAAUAUGGCAUAUGGUGGUGGUGGUUUUGCUAUUAGUUAUAGAUUGGCGUUUGAGUUAGCUCAGAAGUUAGAUGACUGCAUUAGUCGCUACUCAUAUAUGCAUGGUUCUGAUGAGAGAAUAUCUGCUUGUGUAGCUGAUAUCGGGGUUCCUCUUACUAAAGAAGUUGGUUUCCAUCAGCUUGAUAUCCGAGGUGAUCCGUACGGAUUGUUGGCGGCACAUCCAUUGGCGCCUCUAGUAUCUCUACACCAUCUAGAUGAUGUGGAACCGUUAUUCCCGAAAAUGAGACAGUUGGAUUCCGUUAAGAUGUUGAUGGAUAAUGCAUACAAAAUGGAUCCAGGUCGAACUUUACAACAAAGUGUUUGUUACGAUUCGAAACGGGAUUGGUCGAUAUCGGUCUCGUGGGGGUAUACUGUACAAAUAUAUCCUUAUUUUUUAUCCGCACAAGAGUUGUGCACUCCUUUACAAAGUUUUCGGACUUGGAGCACGCGGAGUGAAAAGUUGUUUACGUUUAAUGUAAGGCCUGUUAAUAGUGACCCAUGUGAAGGCCCGUUUAUCUUUUUCUUGGAAAAACUGGUCAAGGGUCGAAGGGAAACAGUUGGUACAUAUAAGAGUUACUUCGAUCAAAUUAGAAUGAAAUGUUAUCGUCCAAAAUAUGCUGCUGCUAUGAAAGUCAGCACAGCUGUGAUAUCUUCGUCCAUAAUGGAUAAUAACGAGUGGCUCAGGGGCCCACGGAGACAAUGCUGUGAGAUCCGGAAUGGGAAUUCGGCUGAUGAUAAGGAGAAGGUCAUUGCAGAUCUAUUUCCAGCUUCCUUACUUCGCUUCGGCAUUGAGAAGAUGGAUGCAUACAGUGAUCUUGUUAUGUCAAGGUGUAAAUCACUACAAAUGGUAUCAGAGCACUCGAUUUUGAGUGACCUGGUUAUAAUGGAGAAUCAAAAAGAGUUUGAUGAGCUAGCUAAGAAGGUUGAUUCUCUGAAGAGUAUUCAGAAAUACUUAGUUAGGGAAUUCAAGGAUAAUUACAAAAAUCUUUCACCACAAUUUAUCACCAGCAUUAAGAAUUUAUCUGCUGAAUUGAAGGCCGUAUAA